AUGUCCUCCAGGAAUUUGGCACUAGGAAUGGUCUUCUUAUCCCAGACUGUAGCUGGAGUCUUUGGAAAUUUGUCUCUUCUCUAUCAUUAUCUUUUUCUUUAUUUCACUGGGAGCAGGUUAAGGUCAACAGAUUUAAUUAUAAAGCACCUGCUUGUAGCCAAUUCCUUGGUGUUACUCUCCAAUGCAGUUCCCCAGGCAAUGGCAGCUUUGGGGUGGAAACAUUUCCCCAGUGAUUAUGGAUGCAAAAUUCUUUACUACCUUUACAGAGUCUACAGGGGAGUGUCCAUUGGCAGCACCUGCCUCUUGAGUAUCUUCCAGGCCAUCACCAUCAGCCCCAGGAACUCCAGGUGGGCAGAGCUUAAAGUGAAAGCUCCCAGGUACAUCAGCCUCUCCACGUCCCUGUGCUGGCUCCUCUACAUGCUGGUAAAUAUCAUUUAUCCUGUGUUUGUGACUGGCAAUUGGAGAAAUGAUACCAUCAUAAAGAGAAAAGAUUUAGGCUACUGUUCUGCUAAAUAUCACGACAGAAGUGCAGACUCACUCUAUGCUGCAUUGUUAUCGUUCCCUGAUGCUCUGUGUUUGGGGCUCAUGCUCUGGGCCAGCGGCUCCAUGGUUUCCAUCCUGUACAGGCACAAGCAGCGGGUCCAACACAUCCACAGGACCAGCCUCUCCCCCAGGUCCUCCCCUGAGUCCAGAGCUACCCAAACCAUCCUUUUACUGGUGAGCACCUUUGUAUCCUUUUUCACCCUCUCCUGCGUCUUUCAGUUUUGUAUUACUAUUUUUGAUUAUCCCAAUUUGCUUUUGGUGAACAUGCCUGCAUUAUUCUCUGCGUGUUACCCAACUGUCAGCCCCUUUUUUCUCAUGGGCCAAGACUCCAGUGUCUUCAGACUCUGCUUCACCUGGGUAAGGAGUACAAAGUCUCCUAAUUUUAUUAGCAAUACGUUUGUAAAUGUAGAUUUCCAAGCUCUAGAACCUCUUCUAUUG